GUCCGAGUUAGACAGAGCAGCCAGCAGCCAUGUCCCGACCCGGUGUGUUUGGUGCGCGGAGAGCGGAGAGGAUCAACAGACUGCACAGGGGACUGGAUUGGAGAGUGAGGAGUUUAGUGCGAAAGUACGGAUCGUGUGCACACCUGAUCCCAGACACGCUGCUGUUGGCAGAAGACAUCAGGAAUAACCACUCUGCAGGGUGGCAAGGGUAUUGUACUUGGAGUGAGGUGAGUGACGCUGUCACCUGGCUGGUGGCUGAACCACUCAUGGCGGCCCUGCAGGAUGUCAAUGACGCCGCCGCCGCCCGGUGUCGUCACUGCCAGCCCGACCAGCCCCUCAGGGUCACCUCCAUCAACAGAUCGGGCAGCAGUGCCGAGGGGCUGGAUGACGGGAAAGUCGGCGUAGGAGGGACGUCGGACUUCGACAUUAUGUACGAGUUCGACGGUCCCUUCCACUGGGCGGCGGUGGGGAAGAGAGAGGAGCCGGCCGUUAUAAGCACAAAGUGUGCACCACAGCUGUGGGCCCGGCCGACCAAAAACCCUGGCUUUGUGACUCUGCACUGGGUGAGGACGACCGACUGCUGUCAUGAUAAGCCGCUGGAGGCCCUGCCGGCCGACUCUAUUCGUCGGCUCAUGCGGGACGUGUGUACAGUAAUGGGAGGCAAGAUCGACACUGCCGGACCGGCAGUCAAUGUCAAACACACUAAUGAUGUUACAGACGGCGGCACUGACUACGUGCCUUGUAUCGCUGUGCGCGGAUGGUGGCCAGCAGAAGGCCAGCUCGACGGAUGCCACCUGGGGGCCGACUUUCCACCAGCGGCGGCGAGGGAUGACAUCCGUCGAUACGGGGUACACCUUGUGCCGACCGGCCGGCCUGGCAGUGACACCGAGUUCAUCGAGUAUCGGAUUUCCUACUCACGGCCGGAGGUGGUAGCCGUCCGCCACCUCCCUCCAGUGAUACGAGCGGCUAUCGUGGCUGUAAAGGACAUGAAAAGUAUAAUGAAAAAGAACGAGGUGGUGAGCGAGGACGUGCCAUUGAAGUCAUACUUUAUUAAGUCGGCCGGACUUUGGCUAGCACAAAUCACUCCCGUUGAUAUGUGGACAGGCAUCACUGACGGUGCUCACAAAAUACUGGACUGGCUGGAGACAAACCUCGCCGCUGGAAGACUGCCCUGCUUUUUCGAUCACAACAUUGAUGUGGCCGCUGAACUCAGUACAGACCAGAGACGGGCUAUCAUCAACACCAUAAGGCUAAUGAGGGAGCAUGUCUCGCUUCUUCUGAUGGCGGGAUGUGUGGAUCGGUGGGACGUAGAUCAGCUGCUGGAGGGCGGUACGGGGCCGCCCUCAGAGCAAGAGCUGCGACUCCGUCUCGGAAAGACACUCGUACUGCAGGCUAUAUUUGACGGUGUCAGUUACCGCCCCACAGCCCCGUGCUGGGAGAGCUGGUGGAAGGAGAACAUCCCCCCGCUGGUCCACACAGCUCCACUGCUACUACAGUGGUGGCACUACAGCGUCUCAGGAAAAUAUCGGCAGCAGUGCUGCCUAUUCAUGGCAUGGACCGUAGUCGACCCGGCAGACCUGGUGCCAGGAGAGCCGAUGACGUCACCGGCCAGCGACAUCGUCACGCUGGACGUAACGCCCCUGAUACAGCUCCUCACCAGGUCUGACCUGGUUUCCCUGCUGGGUGACCCGGACAGGGUGGCUACCUGGUGUACUCAGCAGCUGCGGCGGCCGCUGGAGGAGCGGCCGGCCGGACUGACCGCCGAGCUGAACACGCCGCGGGGCCGUGCCGAGCUGCUCCUGAGGCCCGAGCUGCUGCUGCAGGCUGUGGACGUGAACGCGCCGGGUAAGAUGGACCAGUGGCGGGAUAUAGACCGGACGGUGAAGGACAAGCGGAUAAGGAACUACCGACCGAUCCGCACCUACCAGGAGACCCGGGAGGAGUUGGGGCGGUUCUUCAACCACGACCUUCACAAGCAGAUCCAGCACAGACUGCCAGAGAUGGACGCCGCGUCCGUGGACGCCACGGCCGGCCUCUGGCGCCGCCGGCUGCAGCAGCUGCUGUCCGGUGACCGGCUGCGUACUGCUUAUGACGCUGUCACUCGCUGGUGGCCGGACCGAUGGGAGAUGAUGCCGUACUAUGUGGCGGUGGAAGAGACCGACUCGGAAGACUCGGAGCGGGAUGACAACGGAGAGGCCGGUGGCGAGGAGCGGCGUGACGCAGACGAGGAGCAGACAUCGGAGGGUCUGCCUAGCCCUCAGCGAGAGAAAUGGCAGCAGCUGGAGCGACAACACCAGAAGCUGUGGCAGGAGCUUGAGCAGCAUGGCUACGGGGAACGGAGGAGUCUGAACGAGCAGCAAGAUGAGGAAUGCCAGCGUCUGGAGCAGCAUCAUGAUGAGAUGUGGUGGCAAAUGAAAACGCGGCACCAUGAGGAGCGAAAAAGACUCCAUCAGCUACACGACAGUGCUGUCAGGUGUGUCGAACUUCAGACUCAGGGACAGUCGCAGCUCCUUGGAGAGAAACGUCAAAGGCAGAUGGAGUUGCUGAACCGGAGGAAACGUAGGCAAUGUGCAGUGCUGGAGCGAAAGCACCAAAUCGAAUGGGACGACCUGGAGCAAGAGGCCCAGAAGCAGUGGAACAAAAUGAAGGAGAAACACCGACGAGAAACACAAGAGCUGGAGGAGAGAUACCCGAACAUCCGGACAGGGGAGGAGUUGGAUCGGCUGAUGGAGGAGUGCAGCAGGAGGCUUCAUCGGCUGGGAAAGGAGCUGGAGAAGGAGCUAGAGAAUGAGGAGACACUUGCACGAGACUUCAAGACGCAGGAGCAGCAGCAGGAACAACAACAACAACAACAACAACAACAAAAGCAGCAGCAGGAACAGCAACAACAACAACAAGAACAGGGACGGCAACCGAGCCGGCACCUUGAGUACUUCAGGAACCUCAUAGAGGCGACACGAAGACACCGCCAGCAGCUCAUCCAGCUCCAGGAGCGGCACAACCAGGAGUUGGAGGAGCAGAGGAGGCGUCACGGGCAGGAGAGGAAGGAUCUGGAGCGGCGCCUCUGCUGUCGGCGGAACAAGCAGGAGCGGCGCCACAGAAAGUGACCGACGAUAUCAGCGGAGUCGCGGACAACCCCGAGGAGGCGCCACUAGGGAGAACAAGUCGAGGGACAGAUAUUUACAGUGGCAGACAAGUUCAGUAUGUGUCGACUGUGCAGAUAUUUGAAAAAGAAAAUGAAAACAUUCACAAAUAAUAUGCCAUAUGGUAUAUCAUUACCGUUUUAUUGAGGCCGGAAAGUUACAAAUAGAUAGGUUUUAGACAAAUAGGUAUAGGUUUUAGGUGAGUUUUGGCAUCAUUAUGUACAAAAUGGGUAUGUUUGAUGUUCAUCACGUGUAAAUAGUUAUAUACUUAUUCGAUGUGUUACGGGGUGGCCUUUGUUGUUAUACAAGUACAAACUGUUGUUCGAUGAUGUUUAUUGAAAUGGGUUUAGUGAGCAAUUACUGUUGUUAAUUGUUAAUAGGCUUCAUGUUUUUUAUGAUACAUGUCUUGUGUAAUGUGUUUUCUCGUAAAAGCUAUUAUACAUUAGCAGGCAUGUACGGAACGGUACAUACAUACACAUCUGUACCGAACCAUUACAUGGUAACCAUGGCGUGUGGUGGCCACUGGAGGUAGUGUAAAUAUAAUAUUAGCUAGGCACGA